AUGGCGUUGAAUUAUGGAACAUUAAUACGUGCUGCUAGUAAAUUACCUGAACAACGAACAACAACGGAAAUUAAUGAUUUUAUAGUUCCAUGGCUUAAACAAUCAUUAAAAAAGAAACAAGGAAUAUUUCAAAAAAUUUCUGAUGAUGUUAUUUAUGAUAUUUGUAAGACAAUUAUGUUAGAACGACGUCCAGCAUGGGAUGUUGUUAUUCGUCAAAAUGAUCCAGGCGAUACAUUCUAUAUUAUAUUACAAGGUUCAGUUAAUAUCUAUCGUCUUGAUGAUGAUAAUCCUCAAUCGAUACUUAUGGAUAUUGAUACAGUUACUGAAUUUCCUCAACUUGAUGAUGAUCUCGACAAACGUGAAGAACUUAUUGCACAGGCUUUCGGCAAUUAUAUUGUUACUUUAGUUGGUGGUUUUGAUUUUGGUGAACGAGCUCUUAUUACAAAUGAACCUCGAAGUGCAACUGUCAUGACAACUAUGCCAACAGAUUUAUUAGUUGUUGAUCGUGAAGUUUUUAGUAGAACACUUAAAUCAGCACAUGAAAAAGAAUUACAAGAAAAAACUGAAUUUAUUAAUCGAUGUCCUUUAUUUUCUUCAUGGCCAGCAAGAUUGAAACGUCUUGUCAGUCUUAGUUUAGAACGAGGUAGAUUUGCAUAUGAUACGGUGCUUUAUAAACAAGGUACAUUUGCUGAUGCUGUCUAUUUUAUAUGGAGUGGUGAAGUUAAAUUAACUAUAGAUCCAUUACUUCAUUGGCUUCAAUAUCCACAUCUUCUUCCACAAUCAGAUCCAAUGAAACAACGUGCUUUUGAAUUAUUUCUUCCAAUGCUUCAAUUAUCCCGUCCAAUGGAUACUGUAUCACGAGAAAGUUUUGCUAUAAAACGACGUUAUAUGACAUUUGCUGAAGCUGAAAAAGAACGUUCUUAUCGUAAUAGACAAGUCGCCUUAUUAAAUACAGGUGAUAUUGUUGGUCUUGAAUCUUAUGUAUGUGAUUUAACAACACAUAUGAAUUCUGCAAGAUGUACAGCUCCGUGUGAUCUUUUUUAUAUCUUAAAACAUAAUUUUAUUCGUUUACAAAAACGUCAUGGUACACAAGGUCUUAGUGAACGUUUACGUGAAAUUGUACUUCUUUCAUUUCAAGCCUAUCCAUCACGUAUACUACAUUUACCAUUAUUUAAAUCUUUAAUGAAACGACAAUUAGCACCAGUAAUGAACGAUGAACAACAACAAUAUCAUGUUAAACAAUCAUGGCUUUUUCAUAUUCAUAAUGCAACUCAUUCUAAUACCCGUCGAUUAGGUGCAACAUUAGCACAUACAUCAACAACGAAUAAUACAUCACCCACACGUUUAUAUCGUUCAACACCAUUGGGAAGUGCAGCUGCAAUACAAUAUGUUACAAAUGAUCAUGUUCGUCUUAGUAAAAUAGAAGAUCGUCUUAAACAAUGGCAUGCACAAAUGGGUGAUGAUUCUAAAACACAAAUACGUUCAUUAACACGUUUUAAUGUUGCGUGUGCAACAGGAAGUGCUCCAACACGUCCAUCACCACCGGAUACAUUAGAAUCACAAUCCGAUGCUACUGGUAUUACAUCGAGCACAUUUAGUGAUGGUAAUGAACCAACUGUUUCUGUUGAAGCUCUUACGGAAGCAACUAGUAGCAUGAACGAACCUCUAUCAACACAUCCGAUUAGUACAUCUUCGUCUUCAACAACUCAUUUACCUCAAUUACGCAUUUAUACAAAACAAGAACGAUAUGAAGAUCUUCGAGCUUAUCUUAAACAAGCAUGGAAAGAAUUUCUCAAACGGCCUAUUCCAACUGUUUAUUGA